AUGUAUGAGAAAGGUGAAGGUACGGAAAAGAAUUUCGACAAAGCCUUUUAUUGGUUUAAUAAAGCGGCAGAAAAGGGAGAUGAGAUUGCAAUGUAUAAUGUAGGUGAAUGUUAUGAAUUGGGAAAUGGUGUUGGAAAAGAUGAGAAUAAAGCUUUCAAGUAUUAUAAAAAGUCGGCUAAACGAGGGGACCUUGAUGCAAAGUUUUUACUUGGUUAUUGUUAUGUAAAUGGCGUCGGUACAGAGAUUAAUCGCGAGAAAGGAUUUGAAUUUUAUAAGGAUGCCGCUGGGAAGAAGGAUAUGGUUGGACAUUUUUAUGAUCACGGGAUUAUAUCUGGUGUUGAUAAAGAGAUGGCAAUGGAUCUGUACAAGAUGGCUGCUAAAGGAGGAAAUAUCUGUGCACAAAAAAGACUCUCAUAUUUAUACGAGCAAAUGGAAAUAACCGAACUAAUAUAUAAAUGA